AUGAAUCAGAGCUUGCAGCCGAAUCUGAAUUACGAGAACGAUAUUAUUUACGUGACGAAGUAUAGCCGAUGGAUCCUCGUGUCCAUCGGUAUUUGGCCAGCAUCCUUGAAAGGAUCCGCGAAAUUUUUGUCGAGAAUCGUGAUCGGUUUGGGGAACUUGGUAUUCUUCUUUGCUAUAAUACCGUUUGCUCUGCAUAUUGCGCUGGAGCAGAAGGAUACAGUGAUAAUGCUGAAGAUGCUAGGAUUUCUUGGCUUUUGUUUGAUUUCGGUAUUGAAGUACUGGGCACUCGCUAUGAAAAAACCGAAGAUCGAACGGUGUAUUGAGUUAAUGCAGACGGACUGGAAACAGGGGGAAUUUCGCAGGAACCGCCAUAUGAUGCUGAAAUACGGGAAAGUGGGUCGAGAUCUAACGAUCCUCUGCAUCGUCUUCAUGUACAGCGGCGGCACGAUUUAUCACACAAUCUUGCAAUACGCAAUCGGAUCGUUCAUCGACGAACAUAAUCGCACGAUCAAACCGUUGGUUUAUCCAACUUAUAGUGCUUUGUACGACGUCCAGAAAAUUCACGUCUAUGUGCUGGUCUACACAGUGCACUGCAUGUGUGGAUAUAUGAUUUAUUCAGUGACGGUGGGUGCGUGUGGAUUGGCGGCACUUUUCGCGACCCACACUUGUGGACAGAUUGAUAUUGUUCUGAGUCGAUUGAACGGUCUUGUGGAUGGUAAAUUAAUGAGACACGAUGUUUUGAAUGAGAGGUUGAUAGAGAUUGUUGAACAUCAUUUGAGGACUUUGAGAUUUUCUGCGAUGGUGGAGACUGUUCUUCAGGAAGUGUGCUUUUUGGAGUUUGUUGGAUCUACUUGUAUCAUAUGCCUUCUGGAGUAUUAUACUAUGGUGGAUUGGAAACAAGGCAAUAGAGUAGGACUUACAACUUACACCUUGUUGUUAAUAUCUCUGACGUUUAAUAUAUUCAUUUUAUGCUACAUUGGAGAUCUCCUGAUAGAAAAGAGUACAAGUAUUGGAACCUCCAGUUUUGAGAUCGAUUGGUAUCGAUUACCAACUAAAACGAUACGCGGACUAAUUUUAAUCAUGGCCAUGUCAAAUAAUCCUGUAAAAAUUAGUGCCGGUGGAAUAGUUACUUUAUCUUUGUCUACAUUUGUAACCGUGCUUAAAACAUCAUUGGGAUAUCUAAGUUGCCUUCGAACACUUGUAUGAUUAAUUAAUUUGCAAAUUGAACUAUGAUUUAUUUAAUUGUUAAUACAACACGUAAUUGAUAUAUUAUAACAAUGAAUACAACAUUAUUUAUAAUACAAUGUAUUAUAACAGUGUGUUAAUUGUAUGUAUGUUUCG